AUGACGACCUCGGAUCAAAAUGGUGUCACGGACUUCAUCAUCGUGCAUAAGGCCACGGCAUCUCCGAUCGGCAAAAUCGGUGUUUGGCAAGACCAAGAAAUCGGAUUUCUUCUCUCCCGCUCGCAUUGGGGUCAAGGUCUUGCUAAAGAGGCGUUGCACUGUGUAUUGCCCUAUCUCUUCCGAGAAAAGGGUAUGGAAGAGGUUACCGCGGAUGUCGACCCCCGCAAUCACAGGAGUAUCAGACUUUUGGAGGGCGUGGGGUUUGUGAGAACGGGAUUCAAAGAACGGACGUGGGAGCUUGGCAGCAAGUGGGUGGACAGUUUGUAUUUGGGCUUGAGGAGGGAGAGGUGGGAAGGACGGGAGGAUCGUUAG